AUGGAGGGGGUAACUGUAGGGCAGGUAUUUGACGCCGAAUGCAUCCUCAACAAACGCCCAAGAAAGGGGAAGUUUGAGUAUUUGGUGAAGUGGAGAGGGUGGUCGUCCAAGCAUAACAGUUGGGAGCCAGAAGAGAAUAUUCUGGACCCCAGAUUAAUGGCUGCCUUCCACAAGAGAGAGCAAGAGAGGGAGCUACUGUUCGGUAAGAGAGGGAAGAGGCCAAGGGGGCGCCCACGGAAAAUUCUGGAACCAGAGCCAACUGAAACCAAAUCCGACCGGUCCUCCUCAUCCUCUUCAUCCGGCCUGUCCUCCUCUCCCUCUGCCUCUUCCUCAGAAGAGGAAGAUGAAGACCAUGGGAAGAAGGCCAAACCAGGUCCUCGGCGCCUCAACCUCCAGCCUGUCCUCCAGACGAGGCCCCAUAUUGUGGUGGCCAAUCAGGAGCCCAUCCGGAAAAAGCGCGGGAGGAAACCGCUGCUCCCCGAGCUGAGGGCUUUGAGACAGGCAAAUACCCGGCCGCCCCUGCCUCCCCCUCCUCUUUCUCGCCACCACCAGGUCCUCAGGCCCCCCCGUGAGCCCCCCAAAGAGGAACCUCGAGGGGGGGUGAAGAAGCCUCUACAGCCGGCCAGUUUCACCUACACCAGCCUGAGCGCCAGCCGGGGCUCCAGAGAUGAGACGGCACCCCAGCGGGCUGCUGGAGGGGCCUUCUUCCAGGCAGGGGCCUCCAAACCUGGGCCGCUGAACUCCAUAUGGUCGGGUCGCUCCAUGUCGACCAUCACCCCCUCCUCUCCAUCCUCCUCUUCUUCUCUCAGCAGACCUCCCCCACCUCACAGUAAGGGAUUGUCAGAUCUGAAGCGCUCCCUCUCCGUCUUCGACGCCGGCAACAGCAGUGGCCGAGCAGAAGGGCUUAAGGUGGCGUCCUCUGUAAAACCAGGGGUGUCUACAUCAACAUCACUUGGUCUCCACAGCUCCAAGACCUCCAGCGGGUUCGGUGGCUCUCCGGCGGCUUGUAGCCCAGCUCAACGCUCCCCAGCUGGGCAGAGGAGGCAGCAGGAGAGCCCUGGAAGUCAGGCGGUGGUGGUGGUUCAGCAGCAGGGAGCCAAGCCCUCCUCCUCUCCACCUCUCUCGGCUAGAGACCGCAUCAGUCAGGCCCUCAGCCUCCGAGCUCUCAACCUGCAGAGCGUCAACAAACGGGCGCCCGGCAAUGGUCUCCAGGGAUACGGAACCUCCGGCACCACUGGAGUUGCAGUUUCAAGGUCGAGCCUGAGAAGCGGUGCCAGCCAGGCAGGAAAAGGAGCAGGAGGAAGCAUUAAAGAGAUGCACACAUCGUCUGGGCUAGACCAGAGCCUGGCGUCCGGAGGGUUAGGGGCAGGGGUGCUGCGCUCUGGAAGCAUUCCACAAGCCAGAGAGGAGAGGGGGGAGAGAGGGAAGACCACAGGGGCAGAGACUGAGAGAGAGAUGGACAGCAAAGGGCCAAGGGGUGUAGGGAGCGGUAAUGGAAGAUUGGAGAGAGGGGGGAGUGCACAGGGAGGUAUGUCGUCGGCCGGGGGAGGUGGAUCAAGCGCGGCUAGAGAGGAGGACAGGAGGUCAGAACAGAGCCUUAACGAGCGGAACUCCCGGAGCAUCGAGAACUCUCGGACCCUUAACGAGCUCAGCACAGGUGACUCAGAUGACACCAGCAGCAGCGAAUCAGAAGAGCCCGACUCCUCCCCUUAUCCCAACAACAACGGGCCCCGCCUGGUCUCUAUGGAGACGGAAAUGGAGACGGACUGGCGGCCGGCACUUAGCCUUCUAGAACACGUGUUUGUCACGGACGUCACCGCCAACUUCGUCACAGUAACAGUGAAGGAGUCCCCAACCAGUGUUGGGUUCUUCAACGUCCGCAAUCCCUAAAGCCUGUCCAUGUACACUACUGUUCAAAAGU